AUGACUAUUUGCGUGCGCACAUUGGCUGAUUGCAUCAACUCUGACCGUCAAGCCAUCUUCGGCUCACAAUUCACUGCUCUGCGUAGCGAGGUUUUUAUCGUCUUCCCGCACCGCGAUGAAGCAGUGAAGUGCAUGUCAGAAGAGGAAGCUGCAACUGCACUAUGUCGGCUCGUGAAGGACUAUGUCGACGUCCACGCCGAGGAGCUCUUUCGUCUUUGGGGAACCAAUCGCGCUGAGCCAGAUUGGUAUACGAGUGUCGUGCACACAGUUGUCAAGCUCUUCCAGGGCUGGAACAGAGCCUUCCGGAACCGCUUCUUCCCAGACUCUGAGGUCUUCCUCAAGCUCAUCGCAUGGGCUGAGUUGGUGCGCUUGAUGAACACGACGCGUGUCCUGACGCAACUUGCGCAGGGUGAAGAUGCGUUCUUUCCUCAACUUCAACAGUUGCAUUCAAAGUUCACGCUGUCUCGGAACCUGUAUGAGCUAGAGAAGAAGACGGGACAUCUGCAUAGUGUGGGCGCUUUUGACUGCGACAAGAUUGCACUUGAUGCAGUCCGACUGGCAAUGGAGACUCACGUGUCAUGA